AUGUUAGCCAGAAAGGUAUUAGCUAGACAAUGUCUGGUGGUAGCCAGGCUUUGUGCGGGUAGAUUUGCCUCCUCAUUAUGCGGGUGCAGUUGUAGAGGUUUGAUGAGGCCACCAAAAUUUAACAGUUCCAAAUCUCUUUCGAGAUCGAUGACCUCAUCGUCCCUGUUUGAGUCUCCAAAUUGUCCUUCCUGUGGUGUGGUUCUCCAAACAGAACAUCCAGACAAAGAUGGGUAUUGUCUACUGCCCAAAGGUGAAAGGAAAGUUAAAAAUUAUCAAAAUGAACUAAAAGAAAAGCUUUUUUUGAAUGUGAAAAGGGAAGAACUUGCCGACAGACUGGGCCAUGAGGUGGACUCUGAAUCACUGAUUAUACCCAAGGAAAUGUACCAAAAGCCCCGUACCCCGAAACGACUGGUUUGUCAGAGAUGCUUCAAAUCGCAAAACUAUUCCUUGAUCGACCAUUCCAUUCGUGAAGAAAAUCCCGAACACAAGAUCCUGGAUGAGAUCCCUUCAAACGCCAAUAUCGUCCACGUUUUAUCUGCUGUUGAUUUUCCUCUUGGUCUCAGCAAGGAACUGGUAAACAGAUUUAAACCCACUCAGAUUACGUACGUUAUUACAAAGUCUGACGUGUUCUUCCCCGAUAAGCUAGGUCUCCAACGGACGGGAGCUGCUUAUUUUGAAGACAGCUUGGUAAAGCUUGUCGGUGCAGAUCCUAGAAAGGUAGUAUUGGUCUCAGGAAAAAGAAAUUGGGGCCUCAAACAGCUGCUAUCCACUUUACCCAGAGGUCCCAAUUACUUUCUGGGAAUGACGAACACCGGAAAAUCAACCCUAAUACGAUCCAUCGUUGGUAAGGAUUACUCAAAGAAGCAGACAGAGAAUGGCCCGGGUGUCUCUCACCUUCCUUCAUUCACAAGAAAACCCAUGAAGUUCAAAAUGGACAACAACAGUCUUGAACUCGUAGAUCUCCCUGGAUACACUGCUCCAAAUGGAGGUGUUUACAAGUAUCUUAAGGAAGAGAACUACCGAGACAUUUUGAACGUUAAACAGUUAAAGCCAUUGACAUCCCUCAAGGCAUACACAGAAACGUUGCCUUCGAAGCCAAAACUAUUCAAUGGUGUGCGAGUAAUAUGCAUUGGUGGUUUAGUGUACAUUCGGCCCCCAAAGGGUGUAGUGCUGAAACAGUUUAGUCUCGUCAACCUUCCAUCCUUCAUGUACUCGUCGCUAAAAAAGGCCACCAGUGUAAUCCAAGCGCCCCCACAAGCCUUGGUGAAUUGCAGCGUCGUCAAGGAGGACAGUCCAGAUGAACUGGUAAGAUAUGUGAUCCCUCCAUUUUAUGGUUUAAUUGACCUGGUCAUUCAAGGUGUUGGAUUUAUCAAGCUUCUGCCCACUGGAGCUCGGAACACCAGAGAACUGAUAGAAAUUUUUGCCCCAAAAGACAUCCAGCUCAUGGUGCGUGAUUCCAUCCUCAAAUACGUCUACAAGACCCAUGCCGAACACGACUCAACCAAUAAUCUCCUGCAUAAAAAGAACAUAAAAGCCAGAGGCCAAACCAUACUACGAAGACUACCCAAAAAGCCUGUAUUCACAAAGCUUUUUCCCGUACCAGCCAACGUACCGUCUCAUGAACUGCUCACCAUGGUGACGGGAAAGGACGACCUAGCCGAGGAAGACAAAGAAUACCGCUACGAUAUCCAGUAUCCCAACAGAUACUGGGAUGAAACCAUCUGUAAAUAG